AAAUUCUUGUUUUGUCCCACAAACGCCCGAUGGCAUCGACGGAAUCUUCUCCCGUUAUUUCCAUUUAUUUUGUGAAAAUGGUGAAAAUAUAUAUGUAACAAUAGAAAUCUCCGUUUGUGUUGGUCUGAUGAAUGAUGCGCGUGAAUUGAGAGCGAUUGGGGGUCUCAGGUUUAUUCAAUCCGGUACAUUCUCUUGUCAUUCAAGUUGAGGUUAAAAGUAGUGAAAACAAGAGACAAAGAAUCCUUGACAAACCGUUAAUUGAAUUAUUUUUUUUUUUGAAAAUAAAUUUGUCGAGAUUCAGAAGCAUUGUAACAAUGGAGUGUGAUCCACCAAUCCCAGAUUUUGCCGAGUGUCUCCUUCAAAUUGUAUCAGGUACGCCUGCUGAGGUGUGUCAAGGAUGGGUUAAUCUACGACAACUCAACGAGGAAGUGCGAAAAGACAUUGACCUCAGGGAUGUUAAAGGAAUAAUAAAAAUGAUUGUGGACAGGAGUAUCACAAAUGUCACUCAAAUUCCCAAACUACUCGUGUUUUUUUCUACUCGCCUCAAGAUAAAUCCUUUUGAGGCUAACGUUGACAACAAUUACACACUGUUCUUGAAAAACACAGGUGGCAAUGAUAUAUCUCUACUGGCUGACAUCGUCGAGGUGCUCACCGAGCACGACACUAUUUAUUUGUCCACGUUCAUGGGUAAUCUGAAAUUCUGCGAGGCUAUUGUCACAUGUCUUGCCGAAUUUCAAAUGCCACCUGAGAGUACUGCUAUUAAAAAAUGGAAGGAGAGCUCCUUGAGGAUUCAGAACAACAUCAAGAUCAUCUGCAAUCGUUUCGACAGGGACAACAGUGAAAAUUUGAAAAUCACGUGUAUAAAGACACUUUAUAAAAUAAUAGAAGACCUUGAACGUAACUCAUUACCUGGUGCAGCACUUGUUAUUAUUCUCCAGCUGAUGGAGAAUCAGGAGGCAAUACAAUCGGCUGUUCAGUUCAUAGUAUCAAACACUCAUAAUGACCAUAAUUUGGAGAGAGCCCUGAAGACCCUCUGCACGUGGUUGUCCCACUGGUUGAAGGAUGAUUGUCUCAGUCGCUGGAUAUCAGCAUUCAUCAAAGCCCUCGAGGAUAAGAAAAAGUAUUCUGUACUCAACAGGAUUGCUGACGAUUGCCUUCCGAUGACAAUUCAACGGUUAAAAAUACCAAUAGCACGUCCACACAGCUUAGCCCUUUUUUUUUGUUUACUCCAUAAGCAGAGUACACCUGCCUUGUUUCACAGAGUCAUCAAAGACAUUGAGCAUGUGUUAAUGAUAUUGAGCAAUGAUUCUUCGGAAGCGGCAAAAAAAAUUACACAGAGCGUUGUCGAUUGUACGAAGGCACUGAUGAUGAGGUUCCCCUGUCAUCCGAUUUACGAAUCACUCGAGAAAUGUUUGCCAGUUAAACCGAGAAUGAGUGUCGUCGAUCUGAUACUCGGUAAAUCGCUGUGGCAGGAGGAGACUAGAAAUGAUGUGCAAAAUAUUCUUUUUAUUAAUGAGGGUAAAGUUGGUCUUACGAAUUUGGGAAAUACUUGUUACAUGAACAGUGUACUUCAAGCACUUGUCAUGACGAGACAGUUUUGCCACGAAGUGAUAAGUUAUAAACCAUCGGCCGACACUAAUGCCAACGUUAUACUACGGAAAUUGCAGAACUUGUUUGCCCUUUUGUUGUACUCUAAGAGAAGGACACUGUCUCCAACUGAAGUUCUCCAGGCGUCCAGGCCGUCGUAUUUUACUCCGGGACAGCAGCAGGAUAGCUCUGAAUUUCUCUGUCAUCUUCUCGACGUCAUGUACGAGCAGGAGAAGUCACAUCCACCCCAGUCUGAUGAUCUGGAGAUGAAGAUUCUUAAGUCGACGCCGGAGGAGCAGGACGUGGAGGAUAUGAAUGUUGAAUCAGAGGACCGUGGGAUUAAAAGGUGGAUUACAGAGGGAGAUCUUACAGAGGGAACGCCACUCGAGAGAAAAACUCAGUCGCUUGCAGAUUUUUCUGAUGGUGACGAUUUAGCACAAACACCUCAACUGAGUGACUCCCACUCGGACUCAACAGACAGUGGAAUUCAAUCAGUGGGUGGUGAAGACUCGUCGACUCCGAAUUUAGUGCAUCGUGUCUUCGGUGGUGAAUCCAAAAUUACGUAUCAGUGUGCCCAAUGCGACACAAGCUCCCACAACACCGAUAAAUUUCGCGACCUGCAGUUAUGCUUCCCCGAGGAGAUCCAGGAGACAACAGAGGUCUCAGUUCAAGACCUUAUAAACUACUACUUAGCCCCCGAGAACUUGACUGGCGAUAACAAAUACCGCUGUGACAAAUGUAUGAAACUGUGCGACGCCCAGAGGAUCAUAAAACUUUUGCGUGCCCCAGCCCACCUAAUACUCACCCUGAAGCACUUCCAUUACGACACGGAGAGUCGUUUGCGCACGAAAUUGAGACACAAAGUCAGAUACGACGAGAAAAUUCAACUGAACGUUUCGACGCCAAUAUCAAACGAGACAGAGACGUAUCAGCUGUACGCAGCAGUCGUUCAUUCUGGUUACAGUAUGGAUUAUGGUCACUAUUUUACGUACGCAAGUGAUUCGAAACAAAAUUGGUACAAAUUCAAUGACAGUUAUGUCUACAAAACACCCCUGGAUGAGUUCAAGAGCCUAGAGCCACCAGACACACCUUAUAUACUUUUUUACGAAAAAGUUACAAAGACUGAGGGAAUUUACGAGGACGAUAAGCCUGAAUUAGCUACUUUGAGUAAACACAUACAGGAUUUAGUGGAGAGGGAUAUUCAUGCUUACGACGAGGAGCUGAGAAAGCAGGAGGAGAAGAAAAAGUGUCAGCGUGGACGCCAUAUAUCUCUUCUCAGACGAAAUGACAAUUCAGAUGAUGAGAAUCCACCUCCAAGCAGUUGUCGUGGGGCUAUCGACAUGCAGACCAAUCAAUUCUUAUUUUAACUCACUAAAUUCAGUUGAUGGAAUGUAAUUAACAAUUAUUUUACUGUUUCCUUUCACUUAAUCGCCCAUCGAUCGCUAUUUUUUCUCAUUUAUUCAUGUACGUGCGCGGUGGUUGUGGUUGAAUCCUUCAUUGUGUCAAGAUAUUUAUCGUUUAUUUAUCUAUUGGGCAUUGGCGUAUAUAAAUACAUGGACUUAUUGACCGGCCAAAAUUUCUCGAGCUUCCGUGGUGUAUCGCUCCGUAUUGGCUGUGUUCUUCGUAUUUGUGGGGAACGUUUGUUAUUUCAAUAGCACGUACAUGUCGUAUGAACAUCAUCAGUAACUGUUGAUUAGAAAAUAUGGGGGAAUUGAAGGAAUAGGGAUGAGUAAUUAUUCGUUUUACUCUCAUCGCGGUUUAUACCUGUAGAGAAAUUCAUUAGUUCAUUAAGCCAAUUAAACAAAUUCGUAAUAAAACAUAAUUUAUUUAUUAUACUUUUUGAAUUAUAUCAUACAUUAUGAGACACCAUUGAACUCUUUAUGUCCAUCGUUUAUGCUUGUCUGGAUGGAGAAUACAGAAAAAUCAUAAAUAUUGAGAGUAGAUAAAAAAUUUAUUAUUGGUAAUUUUAAUUAUAUAUGGAUAAAAGGACAUGUGUGCUUUAAAAUUGAAAGAAUGAAAAGUGUUUUCAUAGGUGUAUAUAGCUAUGUCUAAAAACGUCUAUUAAAAUGAAAAAUUAGAAAAAGCAACGGAAAAAAAUCAUUAAACGUGUUGGGAAAUCUGUGAUAAAUUUUUACUCGCAUUGCUAAUUAACGGUGUUUCACUUCGAUACAGUAUUCAGAUAAUUGAAUGAAUUUUGAGAUAAAUAUGGAACAUGCAAUAAUAGGUGUAUUUCCUCGCCAAUCAAAUUAAUGUCAAACUGCUGUGUUCCAUUUGUUCUGUUUUAUUAUUUACUCAGUCAGGCAUCGUGUAAAUUAAAAGUUUCAAUAAAAAAA